AAAAUGAUGUUUAAAAAGUAGCCUGGACGCUAAUUGACGCAAUGACGUCAUAUGUGAAAAAAGCAUAUUUGUAUUUCAGUUAUCUCUCUUGAUCUUUCUGAUAAACUUUCCUAUAGAAAAUGGAUUAAAAAGCGAUGUGUGAAAUGUGUCGUCUCAUUUUGAGAAUUUAAUGCUUACCACACAAAGAUAGAAGACCAAAAGCAAAUAUGAAAAACAAUAUGACCUACAAUGAAUCACAAUGCAACAAUUGCACCACCACCGUUCAACCUCAUGCAAGUCCUCCAUCGGAGAUGCUAAUUACAUACGAAAUGAUGGUGCAGAUAGCACUGCAUACAUUUAUUUUCGUAGGAGGGUUACUUGGAAAUGGAUUUGUUGCAACAAUUAUCCUUCGGCGCAAACAAAUGCAAACUAUCACCAAUUGGUUUGUCUUCAACUUAGCAUUGUCCGACAUUGCUAUUGUCGUUAUAUCGUUACCUAUAACAAACAUAUUUCCAUUUUUAAACUGGCCUUUUGGGGAAAUAGCUUGUAAAUAUUUCUUAUAUCCCGUAUUGGAACAUUUUGCAGGUGUUUGCGUACUGACGCAUACUGCUGUUGGUGUCGCAAGAUACAUCAUCGUCAAAAACGCAAUGAGCGGGAAAAAACUAAACAUGAAACACGUCAAAAUAACGAUUGCCGCCAUAUGGCUAACAGCUUUUUUAAUAAUGUCCGCAACGUUGAUGGGCGUAUUGGGUAGAUUUAAAUUGACCUUUUUCGGCACUAAACUUCAAUGCAGUUUAGAAUGGGUUUCUAUGGAGACCAGAAUUGUUUACCGUGUUUCCAUAUUUUUAUUGACGUACGUCAUUCCCAUGGUUGCAACGGGGUUUGCGUACUACAAAAUUCACGUAACUGUGUCCAACAGCAUAAAGCAUUUAUAUGGACAUAUGUCAGACGAAGUUUUAACGUCACGACGAAGGAAAAGUCGUCGUAUGAACCAAGUACUUAUGACUAUGUACAUCAUGUUUGCAGUAACGACAUUACCCCUUCAAGUGUUUUAUUUUUUCAAUGAUUUCGGUGUGAUUCCCGGCACGUACGGAGCAAGAAUGACAUGGUUUUUGCUUGUUGCACUGUUUUAUGCCCAAGUUGUGUCCAAUCCACUUGUGUUAUUUUACAUGGGUGAAGAUUAUCGAAAAGAGCUGUAUCGAUUACCGGUGUGUUUUUGCGCACCACAUCCAAAAUUCCGGCGAAUGUCGUACGUAUUAAAAGGGAGUUUCAAAGGGUCGGCCCGUCGUUUUAAACAGCGUAAAUCUGUCGGGAAUACAAAGCUAGCGUCGGAAGUUAGUGAUGACUCGAAAACGCGACUAAUGAAUGGCGAGAAGAGAAUCUCAACACCUGUCGGAAGUAAAAAAAGUGACGAUACUUUAUUCAUUAUUAAUAACGGCUAUUCAAGUAAAUAUAAUUUUCCGAAUAAUGAUGAUAUUUUACAGACACCUGAAUAUCCACCUUAUGGUAUUGAUGAAAACUACUCAGACGAUCAAGCUUCGAUUGGUUACCAUACCUCUGAGAGUGCUAAUGGCGGCCAGAAUACUUUAAGGAAUGAGGGUUUAAGCGAAGGAGAGAUUGACGAUAAUGCAUCAAGUUUUUUAUAUUACUCGGACAGUCAACCGGAAUACUGCCAUGACAUCGACCGUGAUGGGGCAGUCAUUAUGGAUUCGACAAACAAAAAUAACGCAACAGUUAGCCAAUCAGAAAAUAGUACAGACUGCAACGACCAAUCAAAAGAAAGGCAGAAAUUAAUAGAAGAUGAAUUACUUAACAUAUCAAAAUUAUUAAAAGAAAACAAUUUGGAAAAUUUAGAUUCAUUUCAAGAUGAAAAUUCACAGGACUUCAUGGAAAGUACUCAAAUGGAUAAAAAGCUUUCGAGAGAAUCCAUAACAGCUUAUUACGAUGACGGGACACUGUUAUAUUUUUAUGACCCAACUGUGGGAAAAGUAAGUUUCGAUCAUGAUGAUGGAAGAGAGACAGACAUUUGAAUAUCUAUUUAAAACUAACGUACAUCUUAUGAAGCUCUGUCAUACAUAGCUGUCCUUUUGUGUUCGUUUCGCCCCUUUCACUUGUUACUGUUGUUUAAUAUAGUUGAAAUUUGAGAGUUAACUCUACUUUUACUUUCUAUGUAACAAAUGUUAAAAACAACUUUGAGCUGGUGAGAAAAUUCUACAAAUUAUAAUUUGUGUUAUCGUGUAAAUAGUGUAGUAAGAAUUUAUUGUAAAAAUUGUAUUCGAAAAAUAAAUAUAUCCUGUGAGGAAUGAUUAACAUACGUUUCAUUUGUUAUUCUCAUUCUAAUUCAGUAAUAUUUAGAACAAACAUCCUGAUUACUUCUAAACCUAUAAAAAAGUUUUGCUAAAGUGCGCUGAAGAAGUUAGAAAGAUAAUUUCAACGCUUUUCGUUGAUAAAAUCAUAAUCCUAAGAUAUUUGGGCUCAAAGAGAACCAGGGGACAUUUAAC